AUGGCUGCUGCUUUGAUAUUAUACUCUUUCCUCUCUACUUUCGCAUUAAUAUAUUCCUUCCAUCUCUCUGGGUUUUCAUUCACAGAAGCUAGCGAUGGUACUGGUUUUACCGUUGAUCUCAUACAGCGUGAUUCAGCGCUGUCUCCCUUUUACAAUCCAUCUCACACCGAUUUCGAUCGCCUGCACAAUGCUUUCCGUCGUUCCGUUUCUCGUGCCAAUCGUUUCAAGGCAACCCUACAAUCCAAGAGCAGCAGCUCAAACAUUCAAUCCCAGAUCAUGGCCAGCGAUGGAGAAUACCUCGUGAAGAUCUCUAUCGGAACCCCACCAGUAGAGGUGCUCGGUAUAGCUGACACCGGCAGCGAUCUGACGUGGACACAGUGCAGGCCAUGCGAACAAUGCUACAAGCAAAACGCUUCUCUCUUUGAUCCUGAGCAAUCCUCAACGUACCGUAACGUCCCAUGCAAGUCUAGACCUUGCCAGACACUAGAGAGAGCUUCUUGCGGGGAUGGCACCUGCAAGUAUAGCUAUUCUUAUGGAGAUAAUUCGUUCACUAAUGGCGAUCUUGCUGUUGAAACUUUGACAAUUGGGUCAACUUCGGGUAGUCCGGUCUCCAUACCCAAGAUUGUUCUUGGUUGCGGACACAACAACGACGGUACAUUUGGGGAGGCAGGGUCCGGCAUCAUUGGCCUCGGAGGUGGUUCUCUUUCUCUGGUCUCUCAACUGAAGAAGUCCGUCGGCGGGAAGUUUUCGUAUUGUUUGGUUCCCAGUAACUAUACAGAUACAAACACCACAAGCAAGAUGAAUUUUGGCAGCAAAGCUGUGGUUUCCGGCAAUGGUGUAGUUUCAACUCCCCUUGUUGCAAAAGAACCCGACACGUUCUAUUUCCUAUCUCUAGAGGCCAUCAGUGUCGGAAACAAAAGGUUUGCGUACAAGGGUUUUGCUGCAGAUCAUGAUGAGGAGGGUAACAUUAUUAUCGACUCCGGCACGACCCUGACUUUUCUUCCGCCGGAGUUUCAUACAGAUUUGGUAUCGGCCUUGGAGGAAGCAAUUGAUGCUGAACGUGUCAGUGACCCGAGGAAUGAAUUUAGUCUUUGUUUCAAGUCCGAAGGCAAUGAUAUUGUUGUCCCCAUUAUCAUAGCUCAUUUUGCUGGUGCUGAUGUGAAGUUGCAGCCCUUCAACACGUUUUCAAGAAUGGGUGAAAAGGAUUAUAAUAUGGUUUGCUUCACCAUGGUGCCAUCCGAGAGUUUGGCCAUCUUUGGGAACUUGGCUCAGAUGAACUUUUUGGUUGGGUAUGACCUUGAGGGCAAGGAAUUGUCAUUCUUCCCAACUGAUUGCACCAAACACUAG